CGCUUCACUUCAUUCUUAACUGCUACCAGAAUUCCUUGAAGAGGUAGUUCUAGUGUUUCGUCAUCAGCUUAUACUCUACAAUCAAUUCAUAUUGUAUCAUUCAACAGUGUGAACAGCAUCAGGACGCCGUGAAGGUCAUUAUGUACAUAACCGGUUUCCUAGUGUGUCUACUUCUCAAGGGGAAUGUAGCCGCCAGAACUCCGAACAAUAGUCUUUUAGAAGGGCUGCUGAAGUUUAUACCUGAAGGAACUCGAUAUUACGAGGAGGAACCACCAGAUGCGAAGAAGAUUAUACCAGAGUAUGACUUCAUUGUGGUUGGUGCGGGCUCAGCUGGUUCUGUACUGGCAAAUCGUCUCACAGAAAUCUCUGAAUGGGACAUCCUUCUCGUUGAAGCGGGCGGUAGAGAGAAUUACGCAAUGGACAUACCUCUUCUUGCAAAUUUUCUGCCAUUCACUGAGGCGAAUUGGAAGUACAGGACUGUUCCUAGCGAUAAUGUGUGUUUGGGCAUGGUAAACAGACAGUGUUUGUACCAUAGAGGGAAAGUGAUGGGCGGAAGUAGUACUAUUAAUUUCAUGGUCAGCACCCGAGGGAACAGAAGAAAUUAUGAUCAGUGGGAGGAAAUGGGGAACACUGGUUGGGGAUACAAGGAUGUCUUGCCAUAUUUCCUAAAGUUAGAAAAUAUGACGAUCCCAGAGCUGGCUCGUGACACGAAGUACCAUUCUACCAGCGGCGAACAACCUACUUCCUACGCAACGUACCGAACUCCUUUGGCUGACGCUUUUGUGAAUGGAGGGGAGGAACUAGGUUACAAAAUAGUAGAUUAUAACGGAGAAACGCAAACUGGAUUUAGUUAUCUGCAAUCUACAACUAGAGAUGGUGCUAGGUGGGGUGCGUCUAGGUCAUUUCUACAUCCCAUAAGAAAUCGGAAGAAUUUUCACGUCAGUAAGAGGAGUCUUGUAACUAAAAUUUUAAUCGACCCAAUUACGAAAACCGCGUUCGGUGUACGGUUUGUUCGUAAUAAGAAGGAAUAUGAGGUGCGUGCUAGAAAAGAGGUGAUAUUAUCAGCAGGUGCAGUUAAUUCCCCUCAACUUUUGAUGUUAUCAGGAAUCGGACCAAGGAAACAUCUUACGGAGAUGAAUAUUCCUGUUAUACAGGAUCUGAAGGUAGGAUAUAAUCUCAUGGAUCAUCCGGGAAUGCCUAGCGCUACAUUCAUCGUGAAUCAGUCUGUGACGUAUCUCACAGAUGCAGUCAUGAGUAACAGAAGCGCUUUUCUAGAUUAUUUGUACAAUCGUCGAGGUCCGUUUUCCGUGCCAGGAGCAAGCGAAGGAAUCGCUUUCAUCGACACAAAAGACCCUAAGAAUCCAGAUGGAAACCCUGACGUAGAACUAUUUUUCCUUGCAGCAGGAAUUCCUUCCGAAGUAACGUAUUAUAAACUGCUGGGAUACACUGAUGAAUUGUAUAAUACCGUGUACAAACAUCUGGAAGGUGGUCAUUAUUGGACAGCAGUGUCAAUGGUCUUACAGCCGAAAAGUAGAGGAAGGAUUAUGUUGAAGUCUUCAAAUCCGCGCCAGAGUCCACUUAUAUAUCAUGACUUCUAUCAUAAUCCUGAAGACUUGGAAACACAGCUUCUUGCAAUAAAAGAGGUGAUGAAGUUGAGUAAGACGCAGGCGUUUCGAAAGUUCGGUUCCAAGUUACACGAUAUUCCUAUACCAGGCUGCAAACAUCUGCUGUUUGGCUCUGAUGAUUACUGGAGAUGUGUUUCGAGGCACACGGCUACAGGCAUUUGGCAUCUUAGCGGGACUUGCAAGAUGGGUCCCCAUUGGGAUUCUAGCGCUGUCGUAGGCCCCAGAUUGAGAGUGUACGGUGUAAAGGGACUUAGAGUUAUUGACGCAUCAAUCAUGCCAAUGGUUCCCACGGCGCAUACAAACAUCCCAAGCAUGAUGAUUGGGGAGAAGGGAGCUGACCUUGUGAAACAGGACUGGGAUAGGCUUGAUUGAGCGUUCCUACAAGCUUAGCUAGGCGAUAUGUGAACACUGCUUUGCAAUAUGAGGUUUAGGUUGCUUAUUGUAAGCAUAUUAUUAAAUUCAGAGUAUAAAUGUACAUACAAAUUUAUAAAUCCCAGUCCAGUGACAAUUUAUAUAAGGAUAAUACAGUAAACCGUCGUUAUAACUUGUCCGGAUGUAACAUGUUUCUUAUAUAACGGAUACAAUCUGACUGUACAGUUGCAAAUUUCUUAAAGAUGUUGACACAUUAAGAAGAGGUUUAAUUAGAAAAAUAUUUUAAAUAAAAAUGAACCGAAAUAUAAAAACCUUUAUAUAAUCACACUGGUUAUGUGUCCAUGGUAUAUUUCGGAUAAUACCCCUUCACUUUGUUAUAACGUACAUCAGUGACAACACUUACCCCCAAACCAAGCCCCUUAUUCGUCCGUUAUAACGAGGAUUUACUGUGUUUACAGAUGUUUUUGUGAGCAUUUAUGCUUCAGGAAGGUAAAAUGAAAGAAAUGGAGAAAUGUAGACGUAUGUUACCAGGUAACACGCGACAAUAUUAAUAAACUCUCUAAGUUGUAUCAUCUAAAUUUUUCUUAAUGCACAUAUACACGUUAUAUGAGUCUGCUCUGUGAAACUAAAGAAGACUGCAUUUUGUAUGCUUUAACAUAUUUACAGGGUUCAUGAUAAAGUAUCAUAUUAAGUGGUACAAAUAUUAACAGUUCAUGUACCCUGAUCUGAAAGUUUUAAAUGUUUUAUAAGACUUGUUAUCUAGCUUCUAUACAAUAUAACAAUGUUGUCUGCUUGAGAGAAAUUGAGUGAUGCGUUCACUGAAAAAAAAAGUAUGAGAGAAUGUAGCGUAACACCUAAUGCUUUAAAGCGGAGCCAUCUAUUUCGUAACAUGUAGGCACACAAAUGUGAAUCACUAAAUGAAACGAAAUAUAAUUGUUCGUGAUUUAAGAAUGUAAUUAAUAUAAAGAAAAUACAUUUAUUUCAGAAAAUGAAUAUCAUUUUAAAUUAACAUAUAAGAUUACAAAAUGAG